UCUACCCCGGAAUCUUCACGGGUCUGGUGCUAGUCAUAUACGAUACAAGAUAGUAUUUUAGAAUUUCUUUACUAAAUUUACUCAUUAUUUAAAAUAUAAGCGACAAAACCGUUCCAUUAACAAAAGAAGUGUCUGCUCAAAGCAGAAUCCAUUGUCAAUAUGUACCAUGCCAUGAUUUGAGUUGCCAUUGUGGCAUAUGUAUUAUCACGAUCAGACCAACAAACACAUGAGUGAAUUUGUUGUUCAAUGUUAACGUGAUUGGGGAAAACCCAUUGAGAAUGAAAAUAGACCCAAGUCAAGACACUAUUGGAGUUUUUGCACUAGUAUGCCGAUGUCUUCCUUUCUCCAGUAACAGAAGGAUGGGCGGUUUGUAUGGCACAAUAGUUUUCUUCGUGUGUUUGACAGGAUUUGUGCUGACCAGAAACAAAUCAUGUCUCUCUUACAACGAGGCCACCAAGAAGUGUGAAUGUUGCUACAGUGGGCUGACAGGACAGGACUGUAAGACCGAAUGUCCCAACUGUGGCAGUAGCUAUGUAAACAACAGAUGUAAGAGAUUUUGCCAGAAUGCACCAUCUUAUGGUACGCUGUGUGACAAACAAUGUCCAACUCCUUGCCUUCGUAAUGGAGGUUGUGAUGAAAGUUGUGCGACUCAAUUGGACUCUACAAAAGACAAGAGACCAUCAACUGAACGCAUUCCCCUGAACUCCCAGACAGUACAUGGGCCAGCUUCCCUUCGUCCUAUUGAAGGGGCUCUCAUCACGUUGGCAGUGUGUGCUGCUGUUUUUAUUGUUGCCCACAUCAUCACUGGAAUGAAGAAAGUCUGCACAAAAAGGUUGAAAGCUCUUUACGACAAGUGUAAAAGUGACAAGAGACCAUCAGCUGAACGUAUGCCCCUGAACCCCCCGACAGUACAUGGUGAAGUCAGUGAUUCCACAACACAGACUGAAGUAGAUGGUGCUCCAUCACCACCAACAGAUUUCCUUCACAGUGAAAGCACUAUGAAUAAGAAGGACUCAUCUCGGUUAGUUCCAGAACAGCCUCAAAGAGAAGAGUCCCGUUGUUACCAGAUCAGUGAGCCAGUGGCCGAGUCAGAACAAGACUUUGACGUGCACACAGGAUGAGCAAUACAGUUGGGAAGCUAUCAUGGUACAGCUGGUGCCAUCAGUAACAUUGUUUAGGGAUUUUUUCUAUUUCCAAUUAGUUCUAAGAAGUCCAACGCUAACUCUAUCUAUCAUUGUAUCAUCAGUGCAUCAUUGAUAUAGGGUAGAAUAUAUGUUUUUCUAUGAGGUCACCUCUGUUGAUAAAGCCAGCCGUAUCGUAUCGAGAGACGGUAAAAAAGGGGUACUUAUGUGGCGCUCAGCAAUAAGGGGAUACAACAAGGACUGGUCGGCUCGGAGUCAGUAUGCUGUGUCUCAGUAGGGUAUUCAUGAUAAAGUGUUUGAUGUCACCUCAUAAGUGAGUAUGGUUUUACGCACACACACAAAAUGGACUUAGCAUUGGGUCACUGCCCAAAGAUAGACUAAGUAUUGAAUCACCAUGCCAACAUGGCCUUAGGUCACUGCUCUACAAUGAAAUAAGUAUUGCGUCACCACCCUAAGAUGGACUAAGUAUUGAAUCACCAUGUCAACACAGUAUUAAGUCACUGCUCUACAAUGAACUAAGUAAUGCGUCACCACCCUAAGAUGGACUAAGUAUUCAAUCACCAUGUCAACACAGUAUUAAGUCACUGCUCUACAAUGAACUAAGUACUGCGUCACCACCCUAAGAUGGAUUUAGUAUUGAAUCACCAUGUCAACACAGUAUUAAGUCACUGCUCUACAAUGAACUAAGUAAUGCGUCACCACCCUAAGAUGGACUAAGUAUUCAAUCACCAUGCCAACAUGGUCUUAAGUCACUGCUCUACAAUGAACUAAGUAUUGCGUCACCACAGAUAGACUAAGUAUUUAUCUGUAUUCGCCACACCGGAAGAUGGACCAAAUAUUUGUUUAUCACCCAAAGACCGUUCAAUUAUCCAAAAUUCCCAUAUUCAAUUACCCAGGAGUUUCAUUUUCAGUUACCCAUAAGUUCCAUAUUCAAUUACCUAUAAGUUCCGUAUUCAAUUACCCAUAAGUUCCAUAUUCAAUUACCCAUAAGUUCCGUAUUCAAUUACCCAUAAGUUCCAUAUUCAAUUACCCAUAAGUUCCGUAUUCAAUUACCCAUAAGUUCCAUAUUCAAUUACCCAUAAGUUCCGUAUUCAAUUACCCAUAAGUUCCAUAUUAAAUUACCCAUAAGUGCCUUAUUCAAUUACCCAUAAGUCCCAUAUUAAAUUACCCAUAAGUUCCAUAUUCAAUUACCCAUAAGUUCCGUAUUCAAUUACCAAUAAGUUCCGUAUUCAAUUACCAGUAAGUUCCAUAUUAAAUUACCCAUAAGUUCCGUAUUCAAUUACCCAUAAGUUCCAUAUUAAAUUACCCAUAAGUGCCAUAUUCAAUUACCCAUAAGUCCCAUAUUAAAUUACCCAUAAGUUCCAUAUUCAAUUACCCAUAAGUUCCGUAUUCAAUUACCCAUAAGUUCCGUAUUCAAUUACCCAUAAGUUCCAUAGGAGACAUGGGCCUUAAAAUGGGUGUUGCUAAAGCUACGUAUUUCUUGGGUGAUGUCAUGUCAUCUUGAAUUUAGUCUCUGCAACAUAGGGAGGCAACUGUGUUAACAGUAGACUUGAAAACCGCUUUAGACUGUCGGCGAGGUCAGAUGUGUGUCAUCUGUCGCUCUCGCUUUUUUGGGGGGUCAGAUAUCGUCAAAUUUCGUUCUUUUGGUUUUAACGAGAUAAAAUAUCAUCAAGGUAAAUUUAAAUUACUGCCAUAUAAUAUUAGCUUACUUUGUUGCCAUAUUUGCACCCCACACAUCCACACCACACAGACAUACACGCAGACACAAUACACACACCACAGCCACACGCACAGACAUACACACACCACACAUACACAGCCCACGCACGCACACGCCCACACACAGACACAC